CGCAACAAGCGGACCAGCGGAGGGAGAGAGAGCGCCACAAGAAGAACAGAGAAGGACGGAUGCAAGGCGAGGCCAGGAGCGGAAAACCUUAUCUCUCCUGCUUGUCCAGCUGUUGUAUUCUUGUUUUUUGUCCUUUUACCUCAACGUCAUUUUAGGCUAUAACACGACUCUUCUCCUUUUGAAAAACCUAGAUAUGUUCCCAUAUCGGUCCUGAUGUGCUGCUGCGCCUCAUCACUAUUCUUCAAGGAUAUGCAAAGCGCUUAUCACAUCGACGUUCUCUUCUAUUAAAUGCAAGGAUGUAAGUGAACGAUAUCGGAACCGUAUAAUCAACAAUGACAUUUGUGCUUGAUUAGCUGUAGAAAUCGACAGAGGAAGCCAGAGCAGACAGGGUUUGUGCUUUAAAUUACGCCUAAUUGUUUUUGUGUGUGAUCCUGAAUUCCCACCCCCCACCCCCCCCGCAUCUAUCGAUGCUAUAAGGCCUAUAGCCCGCAUCAUCUCUGGGCAUGAAACCCGUGGGAAUUAUGAUACCAACGUGACGCACAGUCACACAGCACAGCGGGGAAGACAUCGAGCCUCGACAGGACGGAGGGAGGGUGUGAGGUCCAGCAGAGCAGAGCCCUGCACAGUACACUGAUCACAGGAGAAGGACGCCCAGUUGUUGUUGGACAUAUCGCGCUAAUGACUGCCGUAUAGCCCAGUAGGUAUCGCCCACCACUAUUUUCCUAUUGAAUAUUUAAUUUUUUCAUGCAUUGGGCAGAGCGAAGCGGGAGACAGAGAGGAGAGUACAGUGGGUGAGGGCGCGGAGAGACGGGAUGUGGGAGACGCAGUGAGCGAGGAGGAGGAGGAGGAGGAGGAGGAGGAGGAGAAGGAGGGAAACCAGAGCAUUGACGGCUCUCCUAACAGUGGCUGGUGGUGUGACGCGCUAACUCUUCCUGCCCAGGAUGGCUGUGUCACUGUGGUUCCUGGGGCUUUGUGUGCUCACUGUGGCUUACAUCGCCCCCUCCAGCCAAGCUAUGUCCCGAGCCGCCAUGCCAUUCGGGCUGCUGCGCAGGGAACUGGCGUGUGAGGGUUACCCCAUAGAGCUGCGCUGCCCAGGAAGUGACGUGGUUAUGGUGGAGACAGCCAAUUAUGGACGCACUGAUGACAAGAUCUGUGACGCAGACCCUUUCCAAAUGGAGAACACCCAGUGUUACCUUCCUGAUGCAUUAAAGAUUAUGGCCCAGAGGUGUAACAACAGGACUCAGUGUGUGGUGGUCGCAGGGGUCGACGUCUUUCCAGACCCCUGUCCUGGUACAUACAAGUACCUGGAGAUCCAGUAUGAGUGUGUCCCUUACAAAGUGGACCAAAAAGUUUUCGUGUGUCCGGGCUCACUGCUCAGCAUCCAGCCAGCCUCCUCGCUCCUGGAGGCGGAACAUCAGUCGGGGGCAUGGUGUAAGGACCCGCUGCAGGCUGGUGACAGGCUGUAUGUCAUGCCGUGGACACCAUAUAGGACAGAGGUGCUCUAUGAGUAUGCCUCCUGGGAUGACUACAGGCAGAAUAGAGCCACCACCACCUACAAGCUGCCCAGCCGUGUGGACGGUACAGGCUUUGUGGUGUAUGACGGUGCUGUGUUUUACAACAAAGAGCGAACGCGCAAUCUGGUCAAGUAUGACCUACGGACGCGCAUCAAGAGCGGCGAGGCAGUGGUGGUCAAUGCAAACUACCACGACACCUCGCCUUACCGCUGGGGAGGGAAGUCAGACAUCGACCUGGCGGUGGACGAGAACGGCCUCUGGGUGAUUUACUCCACUGAAGCCAAUAAUGGGCGCAUUGUGGUCAGCCAGGUGAACCCCUACACCCUGCGUUUCGAGGGUACGUGGGCCACCGGCUUUGAUAAACGUGGGGCGAGCAAUGCCUUCAUGGCGUGUGGCGUGCUCUAUGCUGUGCGCUCCGUCUUCCAGGAUGAUGAAGGGCAGGCAGACGGCCGGGUUGGCAGCGACAUGGUGGUUUACGCAUACGACACCAGCCGUGGACAAGAGCUGCCCGUUCAGAUACCAUUCCCCAACCCUUACCAGUACAUUUCUUCUAUAGACUACAACCCCAGAGACAACCAGCUGUAUGUGUGGAACAACUACUACGUGUUGAGAUACCCGCUGCAGUUCACACCGCCACCACCCACUAAAGGUCCCCUCUCCUCUUUGAUGACAACUGUCCGCUCCUACACAGCUACCGUCGCGCUGGCCCCAGUGCGGCCUUCAGCCUCUCACCCAAUUGGUGUCAUCAAUCGAGGGCCCUUCGACCAGCGGCCGAUCACAGCCAUGGUUCCUCUGACGCCACGUCCUCCUUUGCGUAUCCCCUUGGCUCCUGGAGGCCCCGGGCAGGUGGGCGGAUGUGAAGGCCGUGUGGCACGUGGGGUGCAAUGGCCCCCAACCCUGAAGGGAGAGACAGUGGAAAGGCCCUGCCCUAAAGGCUCACUGGGUAUAGCGUCCUAUCAGUGCAUGUCAUCUCCAGUAGGCUGGAGCUCCAGAGGGCCUGACCUUUCCAACUGCACCUCUCCCUGGGUUAGCCAAAUUGCACAGAAGAUUAAGAGCGGGGAGAACGCAGCCAACAUCGCCGGGGAGUUGGUCAACCUGACCCGUGGCCGGAUCUAUGCCGGCGACGUGAGCAUGUCUGUCAAGCUCAUUGAACAGCUAUUGGACAUCCUGGACUCCCAGCUUCAGGCCUUGAGACCAGCCAAUAAAGAGUCAGCAGCACGCAAUUACAACAAGCUUCAGAAGAGGGAACGCACAUGCAGAGCUUAUGUUCAGGCGGUCGUUCAGAUAGUUGAUAACCUGUUGGGUCCUGAGGCUCUGGUGUCCUGGGCUGAUAUGAGCAGUGUUGACCAGUCACACUCAGCAUCACUGCUAUUAGAUGCAGUAGAAAAAGGAGCAUUUCUAUUGGCUAACAACCUCUAUGAAGGCAGAUUCAGUGAUCGAGCACCAAAUAUUGAUCUGGAGGUGUAUGUACUAAAUACAGAAGCAGACAUACAGGACCUGACGUUCCCUCACUCCUACGACAGCGACAGUAUCUUGCAGAUAUCAGCGCUGGCUCUGCAACAGUACAGCAACAACGGCCAGGUGAAGCUGGUCCUCUCUCUCUAUAAGAAUUUGGGCUCCUUCCUGACUACCCAGAACUCAACUCUGCGGCUCGGGCUGGGACUGGGCCAGGGCUCCGAGGUCAGACGGAAGAGCCUGGUGGUCAACUCUCAUGUCAUUUCUGCCUCUGUGCACAGAGGAUCCAACAGAGUGUACCUCUCCGAGCCAGUGAUCUUCACUCUCAGACACCUGCAGCUGGAGAACCACUUUGGCCCCAACUGCUCUUUCUGGAAUGCAUCAGGGGUUUCUGGGAGUGGCAGGUGGUCUACUCAGGGCUGCCGCCUGUUGCACACCAACAACACACACACUACCUGUGCCUGCAACCACCUUUCUAGCUAUGCUGUCCUCAUGACGUACCAGCAACCUGCUUUUGGCGGUGCUGUAGAAGAGCUUCUGGUCUAUGUGGUUUCCUGGGUUGGCAUCUCUGUAGCCCUGGUGUGUUUGGCCACCUGCCUUACCACCCUGUGCUGCCAGGGGGCGCCCUGGCACACAGACCACAGCACCAUCCACUGCAACCUGUGGGCCAACCUGCUCAUAACUGAACUGCUCUUUCUGGUCGGUGCCAACAAGAUUCAGUACACAGUUGUGUGCUCCAUCAUUGCUGGCCUGCUGCACUUCUCGCUGCUCGCAGUGUUUUGCUGGUUGUGUCUGGAGGGGGUGGAACUAUACCUGCUGCAGCGGGAGGUAUUUGAGGGGCGUAACUCCAGAAGGAAGUAUUUCUACCUGUGUGGCUACUCAAUUCCUGGGCUAGUGGUGGCUGUGUCCGCAGCAAUAGAUUUCAGAGGCUAUGGCUCAAAAACUGCAUGUUGGCUACGCACAGACAAUUAUUUUAUCUGGAGUUUUCUUGGCCCAGUUGCUGUCAUCAUAACGUUGAACCUGGUCGUCUUGGUGAUGACCUUACAUAGGAUGCACAGCACUGCUGCUCUGAAGCCAGAUUCCAGUCGCCAUGACAACCUGAGGGCGUGGGCAGUAGGCUCCCUGACGCUGCUCUUCCUGCAGAGUGUCACCUGGUCCUCAGGCCUGAUGUUCCUAUCUGCCCCGUCUCUCCUCCUGGCCUACCUCUUCUCUUCCCUCAACACUGCCCAGGGCCUCCUCAUCACUAUAUUGCACUGCAGCCUCGCCAGGAAGGGUCAGAAGGACUACGGCCGAUGUCUGCGUCUCUCGCAGUGCUGUGCAACUUCCUCUUCCAGCUCUCCAGACUCGGUGAAGGGUGCUGCGCUGCGGUCCAACAGCCGCUACACCAGCAGCCAGAGUCGGAGAGCCACCGCUAACAGACAGAGUCGUAUCAGGAGGAUGUGGAACGACACUGUUCGCAGACAGACUGAAUCGUCUUUCAUCGCUGCAGAUGGUAACAACACUCCUACUCUUAAUCGAGCUGCUUUGGGGAACCAUUUCCUUACUAAUCCAGUGUUGCAGACUCAUGCCGGAGCCUCUCCUUAUGACACGAUGCUGGCCCAGGGAUACAAUCAACCCUUCACAUCCACAGGAACCUUCAGAAACAAGCCGAAGGGUGGUGUGUCCCAGAGCCAGGAGUCCUGCGGGUUGGACAGUGUUUGUCUCAAUGGAGGCUACACCCCCAACACCUUCACUCUGCAUGGGCUGGGCACUACACCCGGGUCCCGAGCUGGAGUGGUGGGCAGCGCCGACCUUCUAAGGGAGGGAGCAGUUGGGAUAGGAGGGGAUGACAUCUCCCCAGCCCUCCUCACCCCCCACGGGGCUGCAGAUCUGGGCAGCGGUGCUGGAAUGCGUCGCAACCUGUCUGAUGCAGCUGCACUGGAGAAGAUGAUCAUCUCAGAGCUGGUGCAGAGCAACCUGAGACCCUCUGUCCCCAUGCCUGUUCCUCCAGAGCGCUACGGAAGCCUGGCAAGGCCUCACCUGCAUGACAGGGCGGCUCUCACUCACACUGCCACUUUAACUCGACAUGCACAGCCAACCCAAGAGGGUUGGGCUGCCACCAUGCAGCCAAACACGCGCCACAAUGCACAAGAGGGCUGGUCACAUACAAGGCACCUCACACAAGACGCUGAGACACAUUCUACAUCAUGUGAACAAGACCACGCCACAACGCCACGCUUACAAGAUGGCUGGUCACACUCACAUGUUUCUGGAGAUUCAGAGUCCCGUGACCUACUUAAAGACGGGGACAGGUCGCAGCUGCAAGGCACUCUGGGUCGCCGCGGGCUUCAGGACAGGCAGCAAGCACGUCCCCCUGAUGUUCAGGCCCGGCUCUACUCCACCCUCAGCCGCACCCCUGGUACUCUGUCUCGCCACCAUGGCACAGUGGAGUCAAGUGGAGGGGCGGACAGAGAGAGAGAGAGAGACAGGGAGAGAGACCGAGAUCGUUACCGGGACAGGCCCCUCCCACCUCCUCCUCCCCCUCCCCCACAGGAGUCUGAGCCACUGCUGAUGAAACAGAGGGAGGCAGGAGUAGAGACAUGGAGAGGCGGCCAGGACAGAGAGAAGGAUGAGACAUUUCUCUUAAAAAGAGAUCCAAUGAUGGACGGAUGGAGGGGAGCGGCUGAGAGAGGGAGGGAUGAGUCUUUUACCUCUCAGAAGAGAGAUGGCGAGAUGGACGAAUGGAGAGGUGGCAUGGAUAGAGGGAGGGAAGAACCUCAUCUCCUGGACAAGAGAGAUGGAAGAAUGGACGUGUGGCGAGGAGGGGGAGAGACAGAGCAAGAAGAGACUUUUAUAACUCAAAAGAAAGAUUUUGGGAUUGAUGGAUGGAGAGGUGGGAUGGAGAGAGAGAAGGAAGAGUCCUUGUUUUUAAAAGAAAGAGAAGGAUGGAGAGGAGGAAUUGAACGAGACAAUGACAAACAGAAGGAUAGAGCACUGGAUGUGUGGAGAGGAGGGAUGGAUAUAGACAGGGAGGAGUCUUUCCUGUUUGACAGCAAAGAUGGAGGCCUAGAUGGGAGGAAAAGAGGGAAAGAUAGAGGGUCCCUUCGGUAUCAUGCCGAACGAGAGGAUUCUGACAGCUUCACUUUGCCUUUGACUCCUGAUCUUGACCUUGACCACGACUCUUCACCAAUCUACGCCAGAGAUUCAAACCCCUCCCCCCUGUACCCUGGAGACCGCCGCUCGCCACCACUGAGUAUAUUCCCCCGAAGCUCUCCCCCAACAAAUAUUUUUGCUCCACGAGACACCAACUCACCAACCAACAAUCUCUAUUCUCGCCACUCGCCCCAGGUGUACAGCCGAAGCAGCUCCCCUCCUCGUUUCUACACCCGCACCUCCCCUCCGACGCUGUCUUACCCGGACAGCAGCCCUGAAGGUUUAGAAGAGGUCAGCCCCACUGGCCAGCCCCAGCGGCCCGCCCUGGAACUGCCCUACAGCCUGGGGCGACCCCCACUGGGCCCACGACCCAACCACUUGCAGACCUUCUACCAGCCGCCGCCGGCAUCCAAUGGAGAGGCAGCAUACACAGCAGAGCCCACCUCUGAGGGAGAUGAUGGACAGAUGCAGCGCGUGACGAGCCUGUGACUAGGGCGGUGGUGAUCGGGGCAUAGAAACCAGGGAGGAGAAGGAAGAUGGUGAUAACAACAACAUAAAACAAUGCUCAAACUGAUGGAAAUGAUGAUGAUUAAGAUGCUAAAGAGGAUAAUGAUGAUGAUUAUGAUUGUAAUGAUGAUGACAGUGAUGGCUCCUCCCUGCUUCUAUCUCCCGAUCACCACGAGACUCCCCCUUUCCAUGUUUUGUUACUUUUCUAUGACUGUGAUCCAUUUAUAACUUUUCCUCUUCCGCUCCCUCUCCUCUCGUUUCCUGAAACCCUGCUGUGUCUUCCCACCUCAUCUGUGCUUAUAUCCUUAUUGGCCUAUCAUCUAAGUUUCUAUUGGAUCAUCGCCUGGGUGUUGCCCCUCCCUGUAACAAGCAAACAGUGUGUCCAAGAAGCACUUGUGUGUUGCCAAAAAAAUCAUUUCAAAGACCAUGUGCAUGACUUUAUAGUGGAUUUACAAGGCUACAUACUGUAGGAGGAAAGCGCUGAAAUGUGUGUGAGCGUACAUGCGAGUGUGUGUGAAGCUUGAAGAGCAUGCGUGUGUGCAAGGGUGUGCUGUGUGUGUGCGUGUAUAUACAUCAUUCUUGUAUAAUUAAUGUAUUACAGUGAAGCAUUUUAUCACUAUCAACCGGGGGGCCUCUUACACACAUCCCGUUCUACUGGUUUUCAACUCUUGACCAGUCUCAUUUCAAAACCGAAACUUCCACCCGCCUCCCCUCUACCUGCCACUAACUGCUGGUGAUGGGACUCGCUGCCAUGGAGUUUGUCACAGCAACUGAACUGUUGACUCCAGAGCCAGAGAUCAUAUAAAACCUCUGAACUUUUCUGCAACCCCCUGAGAUCCUUGUACAUACCGACCUCAAGUGUUCUGAUUGUCUUGUAUUGCUAUUGAAGUUCAAGUAAACAUGUGAAUAAUGUCA